AUUUUGUAUAUACAUUUACAAAAACCAUAAAUGCAUCAAAUACAACAAAAAAAUAAAUAAUAAUUCACUGUUAUUAAAACAAUAUAUAACAAUAACAACCGAUCACAGAUGAAAAACAAGCCUGUAUCAAGAGAAACUAAAAAAGGAGAAGAGAGAGAGAGGGAGUCACACUUUUUAAUGACAGGAGAUUGUAAGAUUGUGGGAUUUGUCAACAUAGCAGAGGUUUCCGUGGAUCCCAGCAGGGAGGAGGGCUCACAAUGCAGGUCAUGACUCCAGUCCUGCCUCCAGACUAUGAAGAAACUGACAUCCUUAAUGUACAUUCUGCAAUUGAUCCAGACUUAUGUUGCAGUUACAGUGCCCCGGUCUCCAGUGAUGUCACCUCCCGGCAGUGAUGUCACUCUCGACUGCUCUUUCUCCUAUAAAGCGGGGGCUGAUCUCACCAGAGUGGUGGUUACCUGGCAACGCCCUGACUAUCAGAUGGUCCACAGUUUCUAUUACGGUCGAGACCAGCUGGCUCUGCAGAAUGAAGCCUACAGGAGUCGGACCGAGCUGUUCCCAGAGCAGCUCAGUGUGGGGAAUGCCUCCCUCAGACUGAAACAGGUGCGGGGGGAGGAUGAGGGCUGGUACACCUGCGCUGUCACCAACCAAGUGGAGAACACCAAGGGAGACGUGCGACUCAUAGUGGCAGCUGAAUUCAGCGAGCCUCAGCUGGUCGUUACUGACAGUCCGGACAGUCCAGACAAGGCUCUCCUGAGCUGCAUCUCCACAGGAUACCCCAGCGCUUCAGUGCAGUGGCUGAAUGAGACAGGAUGUGACAUCACAGAGAGCAGCAACACUAACCAAUCCCUGGCCAGGGAUGGGCUGGUGGAAAUCACAAGUCACAUUCUAGUGUCCAGGGAUGCUAAUUAUACCUGUGUUCUUACCCACAGCCGACUGAACCAAACCCUCAAGAAGACGAUCACCUUAACAAAGAAGGGUUAUCCGGACAGGCAUCGCAUUGUUUUGUGGGUUGUCUUGACAGUGGUAGGGGUAGCAACAGUGAUCAUUGCAAUCUGCCUGCUUUUCAAACACCACUGUGAUGCCAGCACUUAAACAGAUCCAACAGAACAACAGAACAUGCCCUGUCUGAUUUAACGGGUUCCAGGGGUCCAUCAGACAUGUAAAAGUAUCACAUCUCAUGGAGUUGUUCUCGUACAUUGCAGUUGCUUUAUUAGCAUCAGGGCAUUAUAAAUGAUUCAUGUCGGGUACAUCGGUGUGUCUAAAACACCAAAGCAUGGUACUGCACUUAUACUGUACAAAGACAAUCUGUGAACAUGACUGCAAACGAGCACUGCACUGUAAUACAGCAUUUUGCAAUUUACUAAAUAGUAUUCCAAAAUCGCUGCUUGCCCUGCUUUCUCAGUCUGUACCAAUCACGUGACUAACUGUAAACUUCAUUUGAAUUUAUGAUUUGGUUAAAUUGGCAUUUUGUCCUCUAAUUUGGCUUCACUGUUCUUUGCAUAAUUUGGUUGUUUUGGCUCUUAGUCAAACUCGCUCUUAUAAUUGACUGUAUUCUUUAUUUUGCUCUUGCUUGAAUUUGAUCUUAUUGUUUUUUUUCAUAACUGCUCUUAUCUGUAUUACGAUAUUCUGUACUGUGAUAUUUUAUAAUGUGAUACUUUGUGAUAUUGUGAUGUGAUAUUUUGUAACAAUUGUAUUGUCCUGGAUAUGUUUUUUUUAGUUGAUACAAAGUAUCCAUGAAGAGAUAAUUUGGUCUAUUUGAUUCCUUUUGUCCACUAAUACAGAUUGAUUGUCUGUAUAAUUUGAUAUAUUUUAGAUUGAUUAUCUGUAAUUCGGUAUCCUAUUGCUGCUUGCCACUGAACGUUCAGUUGUAAAUGUGUUGUUUGUAUCUGAUACACAUUACACUGACAUUUCAGAUUAAGUUGAAUACAUCAGACGUGCUUCUUUAUUACUAUUUAAAUAGUGUCUUAUUGUGCAGCACUUUAUUAAAGUUUGUACAGUAUUUUAAUGAAACAAAAAAACGAAACCAAUCUCUUCAGAACACUUUGUUCCUCGACUAUAAUAAAUUAGACAAAUACUGAUUUCCUAUCCUAUCGCUGCUUUAUUACACUUUGCUGUGCUUUUACUAUGGUGAACGUGAGUUGACUAUGGCUUGUUUUAAUAUGCUUUACCAGACCUCUCUGUGCUUUACAAUGCUUCCCUAUGCUUUACCAGACCUCUCUGUGCUUUACAAUGCUUCCCUAUGCUUUACCAGACCUCUCUGUGCUUUACAAUGCUUCCCUAUGCUUUACCACACCUCUCUGUGCUUUACAAUGCUUCCCUAUGCUUUACCAGACCUCUCUGUGCUUUCCAAUGCUUCCCUAUGCUUUACCAGACCUCUCUGUGCUUUACAAUGCUUCCCUAUGCUUUACCAGACCUCUCUGUGCUUUACAAUGCUUCCCUAUGCUUUACCAGACCUCUCUGUGCUUUACAAUGCUUCCCUAUGCUUUACCAGACCUCUCUGUGCUUUUACUACAGGACACUUUUAUAAGGGCUGAAUAGUGUGAUCUCUCUGUAUCUUAUUCAAGAUGUCGUCUCUUCAGACCACCACCAUGUGCUUUCAUUGGCAGCGUUCUUACUAGGGGAGUGGUCACAUUUUAGUUUUUGAAACACUUUGUUUUGGUGCCAGAUAAUUAUGAAACUCCCUUUGUUCUGAUAGAGCUGCUGCUUCAUAGAUAAGCUCUCCAGUUGGACCCCCAUACUGGCAUUCUAACCACAGAGCUAAUUUACACAGGGAGACACCCCCCUCACUUUCAUUAUUUCACAUAGAAUAAUCUUUAUGCAUGCAUCCGCUACAGGAACUGCCCCUCCCCCCUUUUGAAACCAAAUUUACGCCACUGCUUCCAACGGUUGUUUUAUAUCUGGGUUUCCGCUGCGGAUUGUGGUGAUGAGAGAGAGGAAAAAGCUAAUCCUAUCGAGAAGACGGUGCUGCGUGACGUCGUUGCGCAGGCGCCACGAGGGAUGGAGUAAGAGUGGAGGCUGAGUUGAGCUGUUUGUGUUUCUUAAUAAGCCUGUGAUUAAAAUACAAGUUGA